UCAUGGAGACAGAGUACGAAGACAUGGAAGGGAAGCUCCUUAGCUUCAGCAUGUCCCUCGCCGAAACCCCGCCGCCGGCUGGCCUCAUUCUUCGAUCGCCGUCAUAUCCCUUGGCGGCGGCGCCCUUGGAGGCUCCAAUCACCCACGACCAACUCACUUCCCUCCUCCUAGCUGCAGCCGCCGCCGCCGACCCCGACAACCCGGCCCCCAGCUCGGACGCCGUCGACGCCCUCGCGCAGCUCUACCGCCACGUGUCCCCCCGCGGGGACGACCCGUUCCGCCGCGUCGCCGCCUACUUCGCCGACGCCCUCGCCGCCGCAAUGACUUCCGCCUGCCUCCCCUGCUCGCUGGAGCAGGAGUUCGCGGCCUUCACGCAAUUCUACCGCGCCUCCCCCUUCUUCCAGUUCGGCCACUUCACCGCCAACCAGACCAUCGUCGAGGCCUUCGAGGCGGAGGAGAGCCGCAACGGGGGCAAGCUCCACGUCAUCGACUUCGACGUCUCGUACGGCUUCCAGUGGCCGUCGCUGCUCCAGUCCCUGUCCGACAAGGCGACUCCCGACUCGCCGGUGUCACUCCACCUCACCGGAUUCGGCCGUACCGCCGCCGAGCUGGAGGAGACCCGACUCCGGCUCGUCAGUUUCGCCCACGGUUGCCCCAACUUGGCCUUCGCCUUCACUGGACUCGUCCGCGGCUCCACCGCCAGCGAUCUCAUGAUCGACGACGGCGCGACGCUGGUGGUCAACCUGGCCUUCUACCUCCGGACGCGGCAGAGCCCGGCGGAGCUGCGGGCGACUCUGGCGGCGGUCCGAGCGCUGAGCCCCUCUGUCACGGUGGUGGUCGACAGAGAAACCGGCCGGCCGGCGGGGGGCUUCGUAGGCAGGUUCGUGGAGAACCUGAGCUACUUCGCGGCGAUGUUCGAGUCGCUGCACGACUGCCUGCCGGCGGAGAGCGCCGAGAGGGUGAGCAUCGAGCGGGACCAGUUGGGGAAGGAGAUGCAGAGGGCGGUGCAGGGCGGGGACUGGGAGUGGCGGGGGAAGAUCGCGAGCGCGGGGUUCGAGGAGGCGGAGCUGAGCUCGAGGUCGGUGAGCCAGGCGAGGCUGCUGCUCAAGAUGAAGGGGCACGCGUCGAGCAUGGAACACGUGGGAAACGGCGGCUUCGGGAUCGAGGAGAGCCGCGACGGGAAUUCGAUCGCGCUGUGCUGGCGGCGGCGGAGGCUGGUUUCCGUGUCGGCGUGGCGGCUCCGGCCGCGCGCGGCAGCAAGGUGAAGGAUUAUACGUAUAUUUGCCAGCGUUCUCGGUGGCGGCCGAUCGACGCCGGUGAUGGAUGUCAUUCUUUUGUUGUGUUUUGUUUAAAUCUUUUUAUUCUUACCCAAAAAAUAAUAAUCUAUUUUUGGCAAAUAGGGACUUCAACUCUUGUAUUUCGACAAAUGGUUUUUUAAAACAAUUAUGUAGUAAAAUUAAGUUCUCUGAAUCGUAUAAAUUAUUUG